ACGGGCGGCGCCGGCAUCGCUCACUGAGACCGCCCGGCCCGCCGCCACCGGUCGGCCCGGCUCUUGGGUACGUGCCGACAGCAUACCGGCCACGACUCCGACAGGUGCACGGUGCGGGAGGACAAGGGCGCAGCGGCGUGCGGACGGACAUGCUGCUGAGGCUGCUGACGGUGGUGCUGGCCCUGGCCGCCGGGGCGCGGACACAGCAGGUCGACAAGCCAUCACCGUCAACGUGGAUCAGCGGUGUCGAGCGCAACGAGAAGAUUAAGUUACUCAACUGGCUCAUAGAUGGCUGCGCCGUCGACGAUCAGUCGUGCACGGGCUACCCAUUUCGGCACGUGGAGUACGCAACCCACGACGGCUGGUACAACAACAUCGGCCACCCGGACCUGGGCGCCUCGGAGCGGCCGCUGCUGCGGAAGCUGCCGCCCGCCUACAAGGACGGCGUAUACGAGCCGGCCGGCCACGGACGUCCCAACCCGCUGACCAUCUCGGACGCGCUCAUGAACGGCACGAACGGCAUGCACUCGAGGACGGGCAAGUCGGCGCUGCUCGUCUUCUUCGGUCAGCAGGUCGUGGAGGAGAUACUGGACGCGCAGAGGGCUGGCUGUCCCCCGGAGUACUUCAACAUCAAAAUCCCGGAGGGACACCGCUACCGGACAGAACCCGGGCACUCCCAGCUGCCGUUUCUCCGCUCACGAUACGACAUGAGCACGACUGGCUUUUCACCGAACUCGCCCCGGCAGCAGCUGAACGAGAUCACGCCGUGGCUGGACGGAGGCCUGACGUACGGCACGACCAAGGCCUGGACGGACGCGCUGCGCACCUUCGCCAACGGCACCCUGGCGCCACGCGGCAUGCUCGCCUGGAGCCGUGACCCGUUCCGCGGCUUCCCGGAGCGGAACGAUGUGCGCCUGCCGAUGGCCAACCCGCCGCCGCCCACCCAGCACGAGAUCUUCACCAGCCGCCACCGUACCGCGCCCGUCAACCGCUUUUGGAUGCUAGGCAAUCCGCGCGGCAAUGAAAACCCGUUUCUGCUAACGUUCGGGGUGCUCUGGAUGCGCUGGCACAACCACUUGGCCGACUACAUCGCCACACAGCACACGGACUGGUCCGGGGACCGCGUGUUCAAUGAAGCUCGCAAAUGGGUCAUCGCCACCCACCAGCAUAUUGUCGUCAACGAGUGGCUGCCCCGGUGGCUUGGUGAACCUUUGGAGGAGUACGAAGGGUACGACGACUCGGUGAACCCUCAGAUCUCGCACGUUUUUCAAUCGGCGGCCAUGCGGUUCGGCCACACCCUGGUGACAUCUGGCGUCUACCUUCGUAACUACAGCCGUGAAGGCUGCCACCCGGAGUCGUUCGGGUUUCUGACGGGUACCGAUCGGUCUGCCGUGCGUGGUGUCAGAACAUGCAACUCCUUCUGGAGACCGCAGGAACCACUCUCCGAUCACGACAUUGACCGGAUGCUGAUGGGCAUGGCACUGCAGUCCACCGAGAGGGAAGACAAUAUCAUCGUCAAUGACCUGCGAGGAGACGUGUUUGGGCCGCUAGACUUUUCGCGCCGUGACCUGAUGGCGGUGAACAUCCAGCGUGGUCGAGACCACGGCCUGCCCGACUACCUGACCGCCCGCCACGAGUUCGGACUCGAGCCAGUCGACUUCGACACCUUCUACAGCGUCACCGGCUCCCUGGUGGACGAGCAGGUCUUGGCGAAUCUUCGAGAAGUCUACGGACACUCUAUGAAGGACGUGGACAUCUGGGCGGGUGGUUUGCUGGAGACGACGGACCGGCCAGGACAGCUGUUCAGGGCUAUCAUCCGGGACCAGUUCAGGCGCAUCCGCAACGCUGACCGGUUCUGGUUUGAGAACCACCGUAACGGACGCUUCACCAAGCAGGAAAUAGAGCGCAUCAGGAGUCUGACAAUCUACGACAUCAUUCAGUCGGUUACGGCCAUGGAGGAGAGCGAUAUACAGGAGGACCCAUUCUCGGUUCUCAUGGACGGCAAUAACAACCUUUCGGCCACGUGCCAAUCGGAGCUGACCGACGGCCAGUUCAUGCGGCAAGCGCAGUGUAGUGUCGGUGGAGCGCUGAUCAACUGCAGCUUUCUGCACCCGCUGGGCUCCGACGAGGCGCCGAUCGAGCCCUGCUCGCCGGCGCGCACCUACGACUACUUCUCCGGCAGCGAGGUCUCGUUCGCGCUCACCUUCCUGUCUGCCUUCCUCGCCAUCUGUGGUCUCGGUGUGCUGCUGCGUGUGCUGGCUCAGCGGCGUCAAAGGGGGAAUUCAACGGUCAGGGCACCCAAGACCACUGUCAUCGACGAUAAGGGCACAGGCCUUACCAUCCCAGCCGUGGAGCGUGUCUCGCGCACAGACUCGCGUCAGGUGGCGGUGCGGCUCAACAAGACCGGCCGGCUGAUCGAGGUGCUGACCAUGCGGGGUGCGCUACUGCGCUCCAUCGACCUGAGCGGCGCUGAGCCCCACCUGGCGCUAGUCACACCCACCGAUGGCGACCACCUCAUCAUCAAAGUGCCCAAGGAGUACGAUCUGGUGCUGAUGUUCAAUGGCCUGUUCCUGAGGAACCAGUUCCUUAGCACGCUGGACGGCUUCAUCAGCGAGUGUGGUGGCUCCAAGACCGUCGAAACCAUGACCCUGAAGCAGGCGCUGGACCACGUGGUCAGCAAACAGGAUCGCCAGAAGCGACUGGAAAGCUUCUUCCGAGUCGUGUUUGCGCAGGCCUUCGACAUCAACCACAACUCACGGGAGCUGCUGAACGUGGAUGCCAGCGGGAUGCGAGACGUCAUCCACACGGAGCUGACGCUGGCCGAGUUUGCGGACGCGCUCAGCGUCUCCAGCUCCUCCAGCUUCGUGACCAAGAUGUUCGCCGUGGUGGAUACGGACCAAAACGGCUUCAUCUCGUUCCGCGAGUUCCUCGACAUGAUGGUGCUGUUCGCCAAAGGAUCGGCCGAGGACAAGGCGCGCUUGAUGUUCGACAUGUACGACAUUGACAACGUCGGCAAACUCAGCCGCCAGGAUUUCCUCGAGAUGAUCAGAUCCCUUUUGGAGCUCUCGAACGCCUCGUUGGAGCAGCGGAAUCUGGACCAGGUGGUGGAGACACUGUUCGCCUCGGCGGGGUUCAACGACAAGGACGAGAUCACCGUGGACGACUUUCAGCGCAUGUUCGGCGAACACCGCAAAGAGCUUGACUUUGCUCAACUACACGUGGCCGGUGCCUCCAGCGAGCGGCAGCCGGGCAAACGGCUACCCGAGCGCGCGCGGUACACGAUGCUCUCCCUGUACGGUGAGCCUGAUAAGCCAGCGGAGAGCGCACCGAAGGGUGACUUGCCGGAAGCCGAGAUUGAGGUGGUGACCCCGUCCGAGUCGGCCGACCGGCAGUCCGUCUCAUGGGGCGGCAGGCUCUCUCGCUGGCUGGAGAACAACCGACGCCAAGUGUUCUUGUUCACUCUCUACACGCUGGUCAUGCUGGGCAUCUUCAUCGAACGGGCCUACUACUACUCGGUGGAGCGGGAGCAUGCGGGACUGCGGCGGAUCGCCGGCUACGGCGUGACAGUGACGCGCGGCGCCGCCUCCGCCAUGAUGUUCACCUACUCCACACUGCUGGUCACCAUGUGCAGGAACACCAUCACCUUCUGCCGAGAGACUUUUCUGCACCGCUUCAUGCCGUUCGACUCGGCUGUCUUCCUGCACAAGUACAUCGCUGUCUGGGCGCUCAUCUGGUCCGUGAUCCACACCAUCGGUCACGGCGUCAACUUCUACCACAUCUCGACACAGCCUCCCGGCGACCUCAUCUGUCUGUUCCGCGACUACUUCCGAUCGUCUGACGUGCUGCCCAAGUUUCACUACUGGUGCUGGGAGACCAUCACCGGCUUCACGGGAGUUCUGCUGCUGCUCAACGUCGCCAUCAUCUACGUGUUUGCGAUGCAGUAUGCGCGCCGCCACGUCUUCAAGGGCUUCUGGCUGACCCACAACACGUACCCGUUCUUUUAUCUGCUGACCGUCCUGCACGGGUCGGGACGCCUGGUUCAGGAACCUUUCUUCUACUACUUCUUCCUCGGCCCGUGCGUACUAUUCGCCCUGGACCGCUUCGUCUCCGUUAGCCGAAAGAAAGUAGAAAUAUCCGUCAUCAAGGCCGAACUGCUUCCUUCAGAUGUGACGGCCCUCCAUUUUAAGCGUCCGUUCAACUUCGAGUACAAAUCGGGCCAGUGGGUGCGCAUCGCCUGCCCGCCGCUGAACGGCAGCGAAUACCACCCGUUCACGCUGAGCUCGGCGCCGCACGAGAAGCACCUGAGCCUGCACAUCCGCGCCGUCGGGCCCUGGACACGGAACCUGCGCCGGCUAUACGACCCCACCGUCAUCAGGGACCAUCCGCUGCCCAAGAUCUACCUGGAUGGACCUUACGGCGAGGGGCACCAGGACUGGUACCGGUUCGAGGUGUCCGUGCUCGUCGGCGGCGGCAUAGGCGUUACACCGUUCGCCUCCAUCCUCAGAGGACAUCGGCCACAGCACCCCUCCAGCCAUCACUUUGCAACAAAGGGCUUCCUGUUGGAAUAA